AUGGCGGAGGGUAUCGGCGCACCAGGGAGCUCGAUGCACGGCGUAACGGGCCGAGAGCCCACUCUUGCCUUCUCGGUGACCUCGCCGUCGGUCCCGACCGACACCGGCGCCAAGUUCGACCUCCCGGUCGACUCGGAGCACAAGGCGAAGGCCUUCAAGCUCUUGUCCUUCGCCAAGCCCCACAUGCGCACCUUCCACCUCUCCUGGAUCUCCUUCUUCACCUGCUUCAUCUCCACCUUCGCCGCCGCGCCGCUCGUCCCCAUCAUCCGCGACAACCUCAACCUCACCAAGGGAGACAUCGGCAACGCCGGCGUCGCCUCGGUGUCCGGCUCCAUCUUCUCCCGUCUCGUCAUGGGCGCCGUCUGCGACCUUCUCGGCCCCCGCUACGGCUGCGCCUUCCUCAUCAUGCUCUCCGCCCCCACCGUCUUCUGCAUGUCGUUGGUGUCGAGCGCCGGCGGCUACAUCAUCAUCCGAUUCCUCAUCGGCUUCUCUCUCGCCACCUUCGUGUCGUGCCAGUACUGGAUGAGCACCAUGUUCAACAGCAAGAUCAUCGGGCUCGCCAACGGCACCGCCGCCGGCUGGGGCAACAUGGGCGGCGGCGCCACCCAGCUCCUCAUGCCCCUCGUCUACGACGUCAUCCGCAAGGCCGGCGCCACCCCCUUCACCGCCUGGCGCAUCGCCUUCUUCAUCCCCGGCCUCAUGCACGUCGUCAUGGGCAUCCUCGUCCUCACCCUCGGCCAGGACCUCCCCGACGGCAACCUCGGCGCCCUUCAGAAGAAGGGAGACGUCAAUAAGGAUAAAUUCUCCCAGGUGCUACGGUAUGCCAUCACCAACUACCGGACAUGGAUCUUUGUCCUCCUCUACGGCUACUCCAUGGGGGUGGAGCUUACCACCGACAAUGUUAUAGCGGAGUACUUCUUCGAUCGCUUCGACCUCAACCUCCGCACCGCCGGCAUCAUCGCGGCAUGCUUCGGCAUGGCCAACUUCGCCGCCCGCCCCUUCGGCGGAUACAUGUCUGACCUCGGCGCGCGGCGCUUCGGCAUGCGAGCCCGUCUCUGGAACCUGUGGAUCCUCCAGACCCUCGGCGGCGCCUUCUGCCUCUGGCUCGGCCUCGCCCAAUCCCUCCCCAUCUCCGUCUUCGCCAUGAUCUUGUUCUCCAUCUGCGCGCAGGCCGCCUGCGGCGCCACCUUCGGCAUCAUCCCCUUCAUCUCCCGCCGCUCGCUCGGCAUCAUCUCCGGCCUGACCGGCGCCGGAGGGAAUUUCGGUUCGGGACUCACGCAGCUCCUCUUCUUUACCAGCAGCCGGUACUCGACCUCGACCGGGCUCGUGCUCAUGGGGGUGAUGAUCAUGGCGUGCACGCUGCCGGUGACGUUGGUGCACUUCCCGCAGUGGGGGAGCAUGUUCCUGCCGCCAUCGACCGACGCCAUGAAGUCGACCGAGGAGUACUAUUAUGCGUCGGAGUGGAACGAGGAGGAGAAGCAGAAGGGGAUGCACCAGGCCAGCCUCAGGUUCGCCGAGAACAGCCGGUCGGAGCGCGGCAGGCGUGUGGCGUCGGCGCCUACACCGGAUGUGUCGCCGGGGCAUAUGGUAUAGAGAGCACGUCCUUAAUUUGCCCCUGGGGAAGAGCUGGCGAGCUCGGAGAGAGGAGGAAUAAUUCUCCAAGUUUAAAUUUGUUCUACGCUGGCGUGCUAGUGACGUGUCUCUUGCAUUUUUCUCUUUGUUAUAUAUGCCUACAUUAGAAUGCUGCUGCUGCAUUCUGUGUAGAAUAUGAUAUGUCUUACUCGCCCCAUGUAAUGGCACCCAGUAUGUUUGAUUCGAAGCAA